AUGAACGAACAGUCGUGUGCAUCAAAGGAGCGCUUUACUAUUCAUCGCCACAUAAAUCCACAGUACGAUGAUGACGUUUCAGAUGAGUCAAGCGACGCCGAGAGGCGUACGGAACACAAACGAUGGCAAAAGCAACCGACAGUGGUGGCGAAACGGAAUGCACGUGAACGCACACGCGUUCAUACUGUAAACCAGGCUUUCGUCACUUUGAAAUUUCACCUGCCCUCAUUACGGGCGCAUACGAAACGGGUCUCCAAGCUGAAAAUUCUCAACGCUGCUAUCUCCUACAUUGAUUCGCUGGUGGCUAUACUUAAGAACUAUGAUGCCAACGUUGCAGCGAUAACACUUCCUACUGACAGACGUCACCGUACCGCGCAA